UUCAUGCUUGAUCCACUCCUGGGAAGGGGAGAACGUGACUGAGAUCACCUUCUGCAUCGUUGAAGGUCGAAAGAGCAGUUUAAGAAUCUGUUUUAGAUUCGUACUCUACUUGCGGAUUAAUUAGAAUCGAUAGUCGGUGCUUAUCAGAUUGUAAAACCAUGGGUCGGAAAUUCUUCGUUGGUGGCAAUUGGAAAAUGAACGGUACCAAAAGUGAGAUAGACGGUAUCGUUGCAUUCUUAAAAACCGGUCCGCUUGAUCCGAACGUCGAGGUCGUCGUUGGUGUGCCAUCGAUAUACUUGACGUAUGCUCAAGGCAUACUACCUUGCAAUGUCAGUAUUGCUGCACAAAAUUCGUACAAGGUUGCCAAAGGAGCAUUUACCGGAGAGAUAAGCCCUGCUAUGCUUAAAGACAACGGAAUUCCUUGGGUUAUUCUGGGCCAUUCCGAGCGUAGAAAUGUCUUCGGUGAAACGGAUGAACUGGUCGCGGAGAAAGUGGCUCAUGCUUUAGAAACUGGAGUGAAGGUGAUUGCCUGUAUCGGAGAAAAGUUGGAAGAGAGAGAAGCUGGUAAAACAGAGGAAGUAGUCUUUAGACAGACGAAAGCUAUUGCCGAUAAAAUCAAGUCAUGGGACAAUGUGGUCGUUGCUUAUGAACCAGUUUGGGCAAUAGGGACAGGCAAAACAGCCACGCCUCAACAGGCUCAAGAGGUUCAUGAGAAACUGAGAGAGUGGUUCUCUAAAAAUGUUAAUUCCGCUGUCUCAGAGACUGUUCAAAUCAUUUACGGAGGCUCAGUAACAGCUGAUAACGCGAAAGACUUGGCAAAGGAAAAAGAUAUAGAUGGGUUCUUAGUAGGAGGAGCGUCCUUGAAACCUGACUUUGUUAAGAUCGUUAAUGCCAAGCAGUGAGAUUAACUAUUAACUUUAUGCACAAAUGUUAUACAUUUAUUGAUAUAUACACUUCAACGUGUAUAUUCUGAAAGGUACUACAAACAGAUUAAUUCCUAUAUUUUCUUGUUGUUCAUAUAGAGAUGAAUUUACCGCAUGUCGCUGCAGUGAGAGAUUAAUCUUGUGAUGAGCAGUGAAUUGUAUAUUUUAUUCUUUUGUCAGUUUCAUUGUCGCACAGAAUAGAUACAUAUGUACUGUCUGUCUGUAAAUAUAUAUUGAACCUUGACAAAAUAAAUGUUAUAACAAAAUGUAA